GAGGAGGAGGAGGAGGGGAAGAAGGAGGGAGUAGCUGGAGGCAGCGGCAGUGACCCGGACUAGGGUGAUGGUGCAGGUGCCCGGGGCCGGCGCGGAGCUGCCCGGCUGAGGGGCGCCUGGUCCCGGGUCCGCAACGCCGCCGCGUCUCUCCCAGGGGCGGGCGAGCGAGCGGGAAGAUGCUGAGCAGGUUGAUGAGCGGCAGCAGCAGGAGCCUGGAGCGCGAGUACAGCUGCACCGUGCGGCUGCUGGACGACAGCGAGUACACCUGCACCAUCCAGAGAGAUGCCAAAGGCCAGUACCUGUUUGACCUCCUUUGCCACCACCUGAACCUGCUUGAGAAAGACUACUUUGGGAUCCGCUUUGUGGACCCAGAUAAGCAGCGGCAUUGGUUGGAGUUUACAAAGUCUGUGGUGAAGCAAUUGAGAUCCCAGCCUCCAUUCACCAUGUGUUUUCGGGUGAAGUUUUACCCUGCGGACCCUGCUGCACUGAAAGAAGAAAUCACCAGGUAUUUAGUCUUCCUGCAGAUCAAAAGGGAUCUCUACCACGGCCGUCUCCUUUGUAAAACAUCAGAUGCCGCCUUGUUAGCAGCUUAUAUCCUUCAAGCGGAGAUUGGGGAUUAUGAUCCAGGGAAGCAUCCUGAAGGUUACAGUUCCAAGUUCCAGUUUUUCCCAAAACAUUCAGAGAAGCUGGAGAAGAAAAUCGCAGAGAUUCACAAGACAGAACUCAGUGGACAAUCACCAGCAAUAUCAGAGCUGAACUUUUUAAGGAAAGCACAGACAUUGGAGACCUACGGAGUAGACCCUCACCCUUGUAAGGAUGUGUCGGGAAAUGCUGCCUUCCUGGCCUUCACUCCCUUCGGUUUUGUUGUUCUGCAAGGAAACAAGAGGGUCCACUUCAUUAAAUGGAAUGAGGUGACCAAGCUGAAGUUUGAAGGGAAGACUUUCCAUCUAUAUGUAAGUCAGAAAGAGGAAAAGAAAAUUAUUCUCACAUAUUUUGCUCCAACUCCAGAAGCCUGCAAGCACCUCUGGAAAUGUGGGAUAGAAAACCAGGCCUUCUACAAGCUGGAGAAAUCAAGUCAAGUUCGCACAGUGUCCAGCAGCAACUUAUUCUUUAAAGGGAGCCGAUUCCGAUACAGUGGCCGAGUCGCAAAGGAAGUGAUGGAGUCAAGUGCCAAGAUCAAACGGGAGCCUCCAGAAAUACACAGAUCAGGGAUGGUUCCCAGUCGCAGCUGCCCGUCCAUAACCCAUGGUCCCCGGCUGAGCAGCGUUCCCAGGACCAGGAGAAGAGCAGUUCACAUCUCCAUCAUGGAAGGCCUAGAGUCCCUACGGGACAGUGCCCAUUCCACCCCCGUCCGCUCCUCCUCCCACGGGGACACCUUCCUGCCUCACGUGAGAAGCAGCCGGGCAGACAGCAACGAGAGAGUCGCUGUGAUUGCGGACGAGGCCUACAGCCCUGCAGACAGCGUGCUGCCCACGCCCGUGGCUGAGCACAGCCUGGAGCUGAUGCUGCUCUCCCGGCAGAUCAAUGGGGCCACGUGCAGCAUCGAGGAGGAGAAGGAGUCAGAGGCCAGCACUCCCACUGCUUCGGAGAUGGAGGCCCUAGGAGGAGAGCUGAGGGCCCUGUGUCAGGGGCACGGCAGGCCAGAGGAGGAACAGAGUGGGCAACUGAAGGGACCACCACUACCGCAGCAGCAGCAGAAGGGGUGGGAACCUCAAGACUCAGUGCUCUAGAGACGUUAGACGGAGUCGGUGGUGUCAGAGUCCAACCUCUCGAUGUUAGCCAGAGCUACGAUGCCUAACAGACUGUUGAGAUUCAGAUUCAGAGAGCAGCACUUAUUUUAUACACUUUCUCCUCAAAAAGAGAGAAUACUCAAUUUAUAUUUUAACAACAAGAUAUUAUUUUCUUAGCAAUUUUGUUUUUACUUUUAUGGAUUAAGAAACUAGAGCCUGAUGAACUAAACGAAUUCAGAAAUAAAAUGUUCCUGAGUGAAAACUUCAGAAAAUAGAAUUGCAAGAUCAACAAACAGCCUUGGAAGGGACCCGGAAAAGAAUCUCUUAGAAUUUUUAACUAAUACCUGCAAAAAGAAAAUGAACGUGGCAGAGACCAGCACUUAGAUGUAGAACUACUGCCCCCUAGUGUUCCUCUGCACCCAGAGAAACUGUAGCAAAGCCCCAGCGACUCUUGCUUAAGGAAGCAAGGUGAGGGAGCAUGCAAUGGGUGAGUAUGGGACCCGAAGUCUGCAACUCUUACAAGUAAUCAUACACACAAGACCUUGUUUGCAUCUCAGGGAGAGAUUCCUAGGGCCUAGGUCCUUGUUUAAGAACGAUGUUGAACAAAUUCCUUGGGCCUACACAACAGUAGAGUAGAUUCUGACCCCCUUACGAUACUGGACAGAACAGAAUAGGUAAUUUAGAGACCAGCUUGUCGCCUGAGAUGGCAGGACCAAAACCAUCUUUAGACUAUAGCAGCUGUGGAAAAAAAGAGUUCCUUUGGGGGAAGUGGAUGAAAGUGUUCCAUACUUGUAAAUGCUGUUUCAUCUAGACCAGGGGUUGGCAAACUUCUGUAAGGUGCCAGGUCAUAAACAUUUUAAAUUUUGCUUUUGUUGGCCAUACUGUGGCAACUACUCAGCUCUGCUAUCAUAGCACAAAAACGACCAUAGGCAAUACAUAAAUUGAAGCAUGGCUAUAUUCCAACUUAACUUUAUAUAGAUGAUGAGCAUAAUUUGGCCCUCAUGUCAACCUGCUCUAGUAAAUGAAACUGUUCCAUACCAGUUUGAUAGCAGAAAGAGGGUCAGCUCCAGUCCAAUUCAUGACAUUCAGUGGAAGCACAGAAGUUGCUUAUUUAAAGGGUGUUCAACCAGCAAAGAGAUGUCUGAGGCCAAGAUGAGCAAGUCAAGUACUGGAAUACGAAAAUGUGGGAAGGCUAAGAAUGAAAGAGGGCCUAUCUGACCAUGUCCAUGACAGCAACGAUUUGAACAGAAUUGCAAACAACUAUUUACCAAGUGAUAAGACAAACUAAGGGCAAUCCCAGAAAGAUCAAGGAUCACUUUGAAUCAAUUAGUCACUGCCAUUGUCAUCAACAAAGGAAGGACUUUCAUUUAGCAGAAGACUGAAGUGAAAAAUAUACUCCAAGAUGAACAGGCUGUCUGGAAAUGGAGCUGGCUUUAACCUGAAUAUCGACUGUCUUAUGCAACAUAGCAGAUUACCUUUUAGUGUAGUGUUCCUACCUCAGUCUGUAGAAUACGGUGUCUCUAUGCAGUGAGUAAUUGUCUCAACUCUGACCUUUCAUAUUCACAUUAAAGAAAGUUGCAGUGUUCCAUUUCCUGGCGUGUCAUUUGUGUCUAGAGUUCUAACAGUACAAAGUCCAUCCCACUUCCAACAGCUGGAUUUUGCUCUCUGAAUAGAAACUGGGGUUUGGUUUUUUUCCCAGGGCUUAUUCCAAAAAAUACAAACAGAAGUUUCCUUCUAUUUGCUUUCAAGUAGUGCUUUAUUAGCAAACCUUCUUUGUUGUUGACUAGUCUUCUUUGGUACCCACCCCACCCCAUCACUAAGAGUUGUUAAAAAGUUUUUACCCUGAUUUUACUGUGUUCCACUACUGUCUCACAUUUUCUCUCAAAGUUAGUUUGAUCUCAUUGUAGGAAAAACAAUGGUUUCCAUAGCUUCAUCUAUCAUAUGAAAUAACUCUUACUAAUAAUGAAUAGUAUACUGCAUCUUUAAGCAGUAGAGGGUAAAACUACCUGCAAAUGUGAAUUUUCUUAGUUUGGUUUAAAAAUAUAUAGUUGUUACCCUUCCGUGUGCCAAAAGUUCUGCGUUACAUUUUUCCUUCAAAACAAUGUACUUUUUUCUACAUAUGCAGUAUGUAGUUAGCAUAAAAUCAUUGGUGCCAUGAAAAUUAUUUUUAAACAAAUAAAUAUUUAA